AUGCCAGGAAUAACCGAGGAUACUUUGAUUGAGGUCGCUAUCGUUGGUGGUGGUAUCAUUGGACUAUCCCUCGCAGCUGGUCUUCUUAAACAUAAUGUCAAAGUCAAGGUCUACGAACAAGCGAAAAGUUUCCGGGAGAUAGGCGCGGGUAUAGCUUUUACGGCAAAUGCUAUACGAUGUAUGAAUCUGAUGAAUCCCGAUAUCGUUAGUGCUCUGAGGUCGGGCGGCUCUGUCCCUACUUCUACAGAUAAGAACGACCCAAAUGAUUACCUCAGAUGGAUCGACGGCUAUAACAAACGUCGAAAGGACGACCCUUCAUACGAGGAGAUGCUUUACAAAUUAAGUGCAGGAUACAGGGGCUUCGAGGGGACACGGCGUGAUCAGUUCUUGGAGGCAUUAGUAAAGAUCAUACCGGAGGAGAUUGUAGAGCUGAAGAAGCGUCUAAAUAACAUCGAAGAGAAAGGUCCUAACGGGAGGCUCCAGCUUAACUUCGCUGAUGGGACAUCUGCAGAAGCCGAUGCUGUAAUUGGGUGUGAUGGAAUCAAGUCACGAGUAAGGCAACUCAUGUUAGGAAAAGACAACCCGGCUUCUUAUCCUCAUUAUACCCAUAAGGUUGCCUAUCGUGCCCUAGUUCCAAUGGAAAAGGCCAUCGAAGCUCUAGGAGAGUAUAAAGCCACAAACCAGCACAAUCACAUCGGGCCAAACGCCUAUCUCAUCCACUACCCGGUUGCGAAUCAUACCAUGAUUAAUGCCACGGGUUUUUUAUCAGAUCCUAACGAGUGGCCGGACGACAAGGUAACGGUCGAACCGGGAUUUAGGAAAGAUCUGGAGAACGCCUUCGCAGAUUGGAAUGCUCCUGUUAAAGCUCUCAUACAACACUUCCCAGAGACGCUUGUGAAGUGGGCGGUGUUCGACAUGUGGGAUUAUCCGGCGCCUUACUUCAACAAAGGAAAUUUCUGCUUGGCCGGCGAUGCUGCACACGCAUCAAGCCCACACCACGGCGCCGGCGCCUGCGUUGGUAUCGAAGACGCGCUAUGCCUAUGUACGCUAAUGAGCCAAGUCAACGACACGCUGAGAGGGGAUAAUAAGUCGGCGUCAGCAAAGAAGAACGCGGCAAUUUGCACGGCAUUCGAGGUCUUCGAUUCGGUGCGGCGGACAAGAGGCCAAUGGAUCGUCAACAGCAGCCGCCGUCUGUGCGACCUGGUUCAGCAGCCCGAAUGGGCCGACGAGAGCAAGUGGAUCAAGGCCGCGACGUGUUUUGAAGAGAUUCGGGACCGGUCGUUCAAAAUUUGGCAUUAUGAUUACGAUGGUAUGAUUAAAGAAACUGUUGAGGAGUAUGCGAAGAGACAAUCUAUAACGAAGGGAUCGGGGGGCGGUGCAAUAUAGCGUCACAACUAGGUAGUGGGAAUAUCUAGAAUAUUUGUGUAUAGAGGUUUUGAGUGUG